AUGUUGUCAAAAGGAGGUGCAGGUCAAAGCGUACAACAGCUUGUCAAUAAUUUUGAGAAUCGCUUAAAAAUCCUUAACGGAGAGCUCCCGAAUUUCAACAAUCCAUCCAAAAGAAAGACAAUUCAAGCACAUUUCAAUUAUAUUGACAGUCUCCAAGACCAAAUUGCUCCACAGAUAGCUAACACUCCACAAGAUGUCCAAGAAAAAUACGAAAGAUUAUGCCGAGAAUACAAACAAAUUACGAAUCAAUUCAAUUUGCAAGAUGAUCCGGAUAAGCAGCUGAAGCAAUCAUCUCCUCAGUCUUCAAACGCUAAUGGAGCAAAUUCGCAAUCCAUUAUUACAAGUAAUUCAAAUGAAGUCGAUAAUUAUGCGGACGAAACUCAAGAAAUUGUUAAAUGGAUCUAA